CAAAGCCGGAAGUUGGAUAAAUUACAGUUUGAAAUCGUGGCGCUUGGCGUAAAGUCCAGAGAAAAAAUAUAUGAAAAACUCGAUUCUCUGGGAGAGGGUUAGGUAAUGAGAAACAUGAUAAUAUUGCCAUUGUUGGGUUUUUCGUAUGAGCCGUUUUGUUAAGGUUAGCGCUGUAUAGAUUAAGAGAAAAGCUUGAUUACUAGUUAGGACAAUGAAUGGUUUAGCCGGUUGCUACAAAGGCAACACCUUCAAAAUGAGAGUAAUUAUCUAGCAACGCUAAGGUUAGCGCGGUUUGUUGAUAAGUUAGCUAGCUGCGUGUAUCUGUUUGUCACUUUUAAAGUUGGUGCUAGUGUUUCUCUCUGUUUUACUUACCAACGAAUAUGGUUGUUCUUCCUGCCUUCCCACAUUGCCACUGUGUACAAGACAAUACCAACGACACGAUAGUUGCCAUCAAGAAGCUCCUUGAUGUAUUUCGGCAUAAAUUCAACAUCAGCUUGGUGUUUGACUUUAUGGAGACAGACCUGGAGGUGGGGAUUAAAGAUACCAUUCUGGUGCUGACUCCAGCCAACAUCAAAGGCUUCAUAGUGAUGACUACUGGGCCUGGAGUACAUGCACCACACACUGUCAUACAAUACACACCUUCUCAUAGGUGCUUGUGUCAGCCCUGCAGUCUACACUCACCAGGUAGUCAGUCACCUGUGGCGUCGUUCUCCAGAGUUGUUCGGUGCCAGGAUGCAUGGGGUGGGCGUCGACAUGUGGGCCGUGGACUGCGUCCUUGCGGAGCUUCCGCAGCCUCUGAGGGUGAGGUACUUUACGAACAGCCCCAGCUGCCCCAGCACAACUCCUCAUCUGAGCCUCUCAAAGAGAAUCAAGAGGAAACGAGAUGGUCUGGAGACAAGGAAUGAACAACACAGACACACACGCACAUCUCAGCAUUGGAAUCAAUAGCACAGACAUUAUUAUUCCAUCAUACACCAGAGAUAGAAGGUUAAAUACCUCCUUGACAUGUUUGUGUUUGACCAUGAUAUUAAUAACAACAUGGUAAAUAUUAUUCUGCUUGCUUAUUUAAACUGAUGGUUUGGCAUGUACAAAGGAUUCAAUGACUGGUUUCCAAUUUUGGAUUGGGCCAGCAAGGGCCUCCCGUACCUAGAAUGCAUACAUAUUUUUGUACUGUGACCAUGUUAUCAGAAGUAACCUCGUCAAUUAAACAUAAAUAUUCUCUCACACUGUCAGAGUAACAUGGUCUACUCGUAUAGAACUGUAAUCCCAUUAUAGUCAGAGCCCAGUAAUUAAAGGGAUGUAGGCAGUACAAAAUAGCGCAAUAGCAACCCAGGACUAACACACACACACAGGGGUAGGGAUGGUGGCGGUACGUUUAACUGCAAUAAAAAACGAGUGUUACUGUGAGGUUCGACGUGUGGUUUGGGAACUAUUCAGGUUGACUGGGUUGUGUAUUAUAAUAAUAAUAAAGAAUAAAUUGAUACUCUGAUAGGGAUAUAGAGGGCAUUUGCUUCAAUGGAGAAACAUGACCAGUCUUGCUGGUAAACAUCCAGUGUGGUUCAUUGGACUAGGUAGUUAAACAGUGGACCAUGGACCCCCUAAACAGUGGUCCAUGGUCAGGUUUUUUUUUCUUUUCUCCUAAUGGUUCAAGUUUAGUGUUGAAUAAUGUUAUUCUAGACCUGUG